AUGAGCCCAGAAGUUCGAACAGUACCUAGCCACUAUAUAUGGUGCACCGCUAACGGCACCCCUCCCAUUUACUUGUCCUUGGUACGAUCCUCCACACAACUGGCCAGCGGUGUAGGACGGGUGCACAGUCAAAUAACACAGACGGGAAAUUACACUUGUACAGCUAGAAACGAUGCUGGCAUGGACACAAGGGAUUUUUCAGUUGCAAUUAUUGGUAAGAAUAAAUUAGAAGCAAAACUUGCCAAGCCUAACAAUCCUUAACUGCAAUCAAUUUUUAAUUUAAAACUUCUCUGCUGUUGCAGACUCUUUUUUGUUAGGUUAAAUGCUUUAACAGAGAAGACAAACAUUGUGCUGUCGCUGAUCUUAUCCAGCGACUUUAAUUGCAACUUGCUUUUAGAGAUACUGGUUCCAAAAGCAUACAAUAUUAUCCGUAUAUUCUAGUAUCGUAAACGGUCUGCCGCAGAGUCCGCCCGUAAACAGAAAAAUAUCGUUGUUUGGGUGGAAAAGUUGUUUUAUAAGCAUCCUCCGUCAAAGCCCGGGGAGGCACCUUCUGAGCCCUGAAAUAGAAAAUAAGGAAGCCGAGAUUCUUUUAAGGUAUCGCGUUGGAGAUACUAUGCUGAUUACGCUCUCCAUUAGGAUAGGAAACGCAAAAAAUAACGCUCAGUAUAGAUCUGUCUUUAUCAUGACAGAUUGUGGGGGUUCUUGUUGGGAAGAUGGCAACGAGAUGGAAGGACAGUUCUGCAACAUAUAUGACUGUACUGAAAACAGUUUGAGAGCGGCAAUUCUGACGUGUAUUGCAACAACGACAACAAAAUUGUAA